AUGUCUGCUUCUAAUUUCCCUCCCAAGAAAUGCGGCGUCCUGGGCUGCACCGGCUCUGUUGGCCAACGUUUUAUCUUACUCCUGGCGCAACACCCUUACUUCACCCUCCACGCGGUCGGCGCAUCGUCACGAUCCGCCGGGAAGAGGUACAAGGAUGCCGUGAAGUGGAAGCAGGCCUCGCCCAUGGGCAAAGAGGUGGAGGACCUGGUCGUCCGCGAGUGCAAGGCCAGCGAGUUCGCCGACUGUGACAUUGUGUUCAGCGGGCUGGACGCCGAUGUGGCCGGUGAGAUCGAGAUGGAAUUUCUCAAGGCUGACCUGGCCGUCUUUUCGAACGCGAAGAACUACCGCCGCGAUCCUCUGGUUCCCCUCGUGGUCCCCACGGUCAACUUGCCACACUUCGAUGUCAUUCCUUACCAGCGAAAGCAAUACGGUCUCAAGAAGGGCAUGUUGGUCUGCAACUCGAACUGCGCGGUGAUCGGCAUAGUGAUCCCCUUCGCCGCAAUCCAGAAGGAGUUCGGGCCAGUUGAUCAAGUGAGCGUGGUUACGAUGCAAGCUCUGUCCGGUGCGGGCUACCCCGGAGUUAGCAGCAUGGACAUCUUGGACAACGUGGUCCCAUUCAUCUCAGGGGAGGAGGACAAGCUCGAAACCGAGGCCCAGAAGAUCCUCGGGAAGGUCAACCCAGAAGUCACUGGCUUCAAUGACCAAUCGGAUCUGAAAGUCUCAGCGGCUUGCAACAGAGUGGCAGUUCUGGACGGCCACAUGGCCUGUGUCUCGUUACGAUUCAAGAACAGAGAUGGCCCACGACCUACCGCCGAGGCGGUAAAGAAGGCGUUGAGGGAGUAUGUGAGCGAGGCACAAACAUUAGGAUGCCCGUCUGCGCCUGAGCCCGCCAUCAUGGUCAUGGAGGAGCCCGAUAGGCCACAGCCCAGACUCGACAGAAACGCCCAGAACGGUUACACGGUCAGCGUCGGGAGAGUAAGGGAGGAUGAUAGCGGCAUCUUCGAUCUCAAGUUCGUCGCUUUGAGUCAUAACACUGUUAUUGGGGCAGCUGGCUCCUCCAUAUUAAAUGCUGAAGCAGCUGUUCUGAAGGGAUAUAUUUGA